AUGGUUGCGCUCCAGGCCCGGGCGAAUAAACCGGCUGAAGAGUCCUCAAGGUGAUGGAACCGACCGGCGACCGAACCGGGGAUGUAAAUAAAAGUGAGGAGCCGGCGGAGGACAAGGCCGCGCAGCAGACCCCGGCCACCAGUAUGGCCGUUACCCCGCGGAGGGGGCUUAGGGAGCGGGGAGCGGGCCGCCCGAGGUCCGGCGUCUCCUCCGCUUCAUUAACGGACGUUAACGGGACUGCGCAGAGCUCGGGGCGGGUUUUAAGAGACCGGUCAACGAGGGCAGUGCCGGCUUGGCUGAAGGACAGCAAAAGCGACGACGAUGAAGACGAACCGAGCCCGGACACCGGGUCCACCAAGCGGAGGAAAGUUUCCAACUCCAGGCGGAAGAAACAGUCAGAGUCUGCGGGCUGGGUUGAGCCUGGAGGGGGGGUCGCAGGUGACAGCCUUCAAGCCACAGACUCAGAGGACUCCAAGAAACCUGCCACAGAUGCUCAAGCUCUCCCCUCCAGACGCCCCCCAGCCCAGACUGGAGCCAAACCCCAGUCUGGCAGGGCCGCCCGCAGCUCUGCCAAGCCUGUGUGUAAGACAGAGCCUGGAACGGAGAAUCAAGCUGCAGCAGAAGGGGAGGCGAACAACAAAGAGAAGUAUGAAAUUAAAAAGAAAGAGAAGGAAAACGAGCAUGUUGCUGAACCAGUCCUGGGUGAUAAAGACCCUCCUUUUCAGGAUGACCCCAACGACUUAAACUACCAGCCACAGAGUCAGAGUGCUGCAGAAGAAGAAGAGGGACUCAGCAGUGACGAUGAUGUUCCUUUUAGAGAUGACUUAAAUGAUCAGAGCUAUGACCCCAAGGCUGAAAGGGAUGUCCCCAAACCAAAGCGCAGACCUCCUCCUAGACAGAAGGAGAAGAAAGAAAAGGACAAGGCUCCUAAAAAAGAGAAGGAAGUUGCUGAGAUUAAGAUAGAAGGUUCAGACAACGUGGAGAGAAUGGAAGAGGAAGUGAAGCUGGAGGAAGAAAUAGUGGAGGACCCUGAUGGACCCAGGAAGAGAGGCCGGAGGAAAAAAGAUGACAAAACCCCACGGCUGCCAAAAAGAAGGAAGAAGCCCCCAGUGCAGUAUGUGCGCUGUGAGAUGGAGGGAUGUGGCACAGUUCUGGCUCAUCCUCGCUACCUGCAGCAUCACAUAAAGUACCAGCACUUGCUCAAGAAGAAAUACGUCUGUCCUCAUCCUUCUUGUGGAAGGCUUUUCCGUCUACAGAAGCAGCUACUUCGUCAUGCAAAACACCAUACAGACCAGAGAGACUACAUCUGUGAGUUCUGUGCUCGUGCCUUCAAGAGCUCCCACAAUCUGGCUGUGCACCGCAUGAUCCACACCGGAGAGAAGCCCCUCCAGUGUGAAAUCUGCGGCUUCACCUGUCGCCAGAAGGCGUCUCUCAACUGGCACAUGAAGAAGCAUGAUGCUGAUGCCACUUAUCAGUUUUCCUGCUCCAUUUGUGGCAAGAAGUUUGAGAAGAAGGACUGCGUGGUGGCCCACAAGGCCAAGAGUCACCCAGAGGUGCUAAUUGCUGAGGCACUCGCAGCAAAUGCUGGCGCCCUCAUCACAACCCCCGCAUCCUUACUGGAGCUGCCAGGAAACCCCAUACAAGCAGAAGUCACCAGCCUGGAAAUGAGCCAAAUAGGGCAGGAGGGGCAGGUGGAAUCGCUGAGCCAGGAAGGGCAAGUUGGGCAGCAAGUGGCUCAGGUGUCCCAGAUGGGUCAUGUGACCCAACAAGUGAGUCACCAGGUGGUUUUACUGGGACAAGACCAGAGCCUCCACACCAUGCAGGUGCCAGUGACGAUUGCCCUGUCCCCCAUUGACCCCCCCUCGCCAGCUGACAACCAGCAGCAGACUCACCUCCAGCUACAGAUGCCCGUCCAGUUCGUGCAGCCACAGCAACCCCAAAUCCAACAACUGACCCUCCAUUCUGGUGCAGUGGUGACCCAGCAACAACCCCAGCUUCAUCCCCUUCAGUCCUAUUCCUCCCAGCAGCACAGCCACGGGCAGACACAAAUCCUACAAAUGACCUUCCAGCCGGUCAGCCAGUCCCAGACCCAUAUUCAGCAGAUUCCCAUUCUAGCAACCUCACAGCAGCUUCAGACCCUGCAGACAGCCGCCCCGAGCCCUCCUCUCCUGUCCCCCUCCCAAACCCAAUCCCAGAAUCCAGCCUGCACCAACGGGGACAGCUAUAUUCUGGACAAUCCGGUGCUCUCUUCCUCCUCUCCGUCAGUCAACUCUCUUCAGCAGACAGAGGCGGUGGGGGAGGACAGUGUGGUUUGGGAGCAGACAGGACAAGAGGACGUUCUGUCUGACAGCACUGAGAGACACGUGCAGGAGGCCCUCAUGUAAAUCAAGGGUGGUGCACUCAAAGCUGAAAAAUAGUGGCAAAUUAUGUCAUCAGUGACCUAAUAUACUGUAUUGCAACGUUUGAGGUAAAUGUAGGAUCACAAAUAUAAUAUGUACUGUUCACUCAUAGUCAUCUUUGGUAGCUUUUUAGAAUGUCUGUAUCAGGGAAAGAUAUGUGUGUCUAUAUGUGUAAGUUGUUGCCUUUGUACAUAAGUCCUGUAAACUUCACUAGCCUUUUAUGUGAGUGUGUGUGUGUGUGUGUGUGUGUACUGAUGCAGAAAUUAAUUCUAUAAGAUGUUGCAAAGCUAUUGCUGUUAUGCAAUAAUAUAGCAUACCUCUGUAAUAGCCAGCACUUCAGAUGCCUUUGUGUGUGGCAUUAUCAAGGUUCCUACUGGAAUAAAGCAACUUUAUUUAUAUUAUGAAUUCAUCACAAAACAUACAUUAGAAAGCUACAAACCUCCUCAAUAUGUGUGCAUUGGACAAAUUCAGUUGAAAUGAAUUGUCAGCCAUUUGUUCAUUUACUGUCCAGAGCUAUGACAAAAACAAAACCUUUACUUGGCCAGUUUAACAGAAAAGAGCUGGAAAGAUAUACACAGAAAACUGUUACACAGGGCUGUAAAAAGUCACAAAAUAUACAUAUUUAAAAGAUUUUGGCAGUGUCAUUAGACCAGUUUAAAUGACCUUUGUGCAGAUGUUUGUUAAGCUUGGCUGUUGGCAGACUGAAGGAAUAGUAACCCGUAUAAUUUAUUUACUGCUCACAAACGUCCUUAAUCAUUGCAGGCAGCCAAAAGAUGAUGUUGGACACUGUUAGUCACACAUGAAUCCAGCAAGCACAGUCACUAAAUUAGACUAUUAAAACUAAUAUUCUGUCACUUGAAUAAUGUUUGAAA